CACACCCAAGAUGGCGGCCGCGCCUUCCCCUCACGGAGCCACUUCCGGCCCCCUCCCUCUGACGCCUGGCUUGCGCGUUGACGUCACGCACGUAGCGGGCGUGCGUGCGGCGCCGCGCGCGGGGAGCGGGAGAAGAUGGCGGCGGGGCCGAUCUCGGAGCGGAACCAGGAUGCCACGGUGUACGUGGGGGGCCUGGACGAGAAGGUCAGCGAGCCCCUGCUCUGGGAGCUCUUCCUGCAGGCCGGGCCGGUGGUCAACACGCACAUGCCCAAGGACCGGGUGACGGGCCAGCACCAGGGGUACGGCUUCGUGGAGUUCCUGAGCGAGGAGGACGCCGACUACGCCAUCAAGAUCAUGAACAUGAUCAAGCUCUACGGCAAACCCAUCCGGGUCAACAAGGCCUCGGCCCACAACAAGAACCUGGACGUGGGGGCCAACAUCUUCAUCGGCAACCUGGACCCCGAGAUCGACGAGAAGCUCCUCUACGACACCUUCAGCGCCUUCGGGGUCAUCCUGCAGACCCCCAAGAUCAUGAGGGACCCCGACACGGGCAACUCCAAGGGUUACGCCUUCAUCAACUUCGCCAGCUUCGACGCCUCGGACGCGGCCAUCGAGGCCAUGAACGGGCAGUACCUGUGCAACCGGCCCAUCACCGUGUCCUACGCCUUCAAGAAGGACUCCAAGGGCGAGCGGCACGGCUCGGCGGCCGAGCGGCUGCUGGCGGCCCAGAACCCCCUGUCCCAGGCUGACAGGCCUCACCAGCUGUUCGCCGACGCGCCGCCGCCCCCGUCCGUGCCCGCGCCCGUGGUCACCGCGCUGGGGCCCGGCGUCACCCCCCCAGGCCUGCCUCCCCCGGGCUCCUUCCCGCCGCCGGUGCCGCCGCCCGGAGCGCUGCCCCCCGGAAUGCCACCCAUGCAGGUGCACCACGGGCCACCUGGCAUGGGGCAGCACCACCCAGGACCACCAGGCUCUGGAGGACAGCCACCCCCCCGGCCCCCCCCGGGAAUGCCACACCCUGGGCCCCCCCCCAUGGGGCUCCCCCCUCGGGGGCCACACUUUGGAUCUCCAAUGGGUCCCCCCGGGCCGCUGCCGCACCACGGGCUCAGAGGGUCCCACUGCCCCCUCGACCGGCUCAGAGACCCCCUGGAGUCCCCCCUCGUGGCCCCCUGCGAGGACCCCUGCCCUGAGGAGGGGGGGGCUCUCUGCUCCCCAUCCUUCCACAGCCCCUGGUGGUUCCCAAAGAGCUAA